GAUUUCUGUGGGCGGAGCUGUAGCGGAGUUUCGCGUCGCUCUGUCGUUACCACCACCAUCGUCCUCUUCAAGCGUCGCGAUGUCGAGCACAUUGAAUCUCUUUGUUGUCUCCCCUGCGACUCGAUCUGAACGGCGACUUGAUCCUCACAUCACUGUCGAGCAACUCAAGUCCAAACUGGAGUUUAUGACGGGAAUUCCAACUGCGAACCAGUCUAUUUCUCUUCUUAAUUCUGAGCAUGACGAUAAGGUUAUCGCACGAUUGACGGAUGAUUCAAAGAUGCUUGGGUUUUAUGGGCCAAAAGAUCUUCAAGUUCUAAAAGUAGAGGAUCUCAAUCCAUCCGCGAGCUUUACUGGACAAUUGACGGACGUAUCACAAGUUGAAAAGUUUGAAAUGAGUGAUGAGGCAUAUGCCCAACGACAAGACAGUGUCUUGGCGUAUAAACAGCGCAACAAAGUCGGACGGUUCGCUCCGAAGGAAGAAGCCACUGUGCACAAAGUACCUGAGGCGAACAUACCAUUGGAUUCACGAUGCGAAGUAGAAUCCACUGAGGCCGGGCUGAGUAAACGAGGGACAGUGCGAUUCGUGGGACAGACAAAAUUUGGAUCUGGAGGGGGUCUAUGGGUAGGCGUCGAAUAUGACGAACCUUUUGGAAAGAAUGAUGGAUCGUGAGUGGCUUCUUGGACUUUGAGCGCUAGCUGAUGUGAUUGUAGCGUCCAAGGCGAACGGUAUUUCACUUGCAGACCCAAUUAUGGCGCAUUCGUUCGACCUGAGAAAGUAAAAACAGGAGAUUAUCCGGUUCUCGAACUGGAUCUUGAGGACGAAGAAAUGUAACCAGUAAAAUACCUUAGUAUCGUCGGUUACUGAAGAGAAGGCACACGAAUACACGUUGAAAGUGACA